AAGCAACAUACUCAGUGUAUCAGUGAGGAUGAGAAGUACCAGAAGGCUUUAUACAAGGGUAAAAAGAAACAGAAUCAGAAUCAGAAUCAAAACCAAAACCAAAACCAAAACCAGAAGAAACAGAAACAAACUACUGUGACAGAAGAGAAGAAACCAGCCGAAAAGGAAACCAAGAAAGAGGUCAAGAAAUCUUUGCCAAAUUUCAAGAAAGGUGACAACUUGUACAAGAUUUUGAAAUCCUAUAAGGACAAGGACGACAAGAAGAAAUUGCUGAAAUCGCUAGUUGUCGACAGUGAAGGUCGCAUAGUACUAAAGAACUAA